UUCAUUUCAUGAUCAUCUUCUUCUCCUGUAUAUACAUAUAUCUCUAUAUAUCUUCUUCUCUUCAAUUUACUUAUCUAUUGAAAUCAACUAUCAUGGAUUACCAGGCCUCUGAAACCCUAAGGAACAAAUGUGCAGCCUGUUUCAGGCAAUUCAACAAGAUGGAGCACCUGGUGGAGCACAUGAGGAUUUCUUAUCACUCGGUGCAUGAGCCCAUGUGUGGGAUCUGUAAGAAACAUUGCAGAUCUUUUGAGUCUCUAAGGGAACAUCUUAUAGGGCCCUUGCCUAAGCAAGAAUGCAAGAACAUAUUCAGCGUCCGAGGAUGCAAAAUCUGUUUAGCGAUCUUUGACACUCCUAAUGCUCGUUGGGUUCAUCAAGAAAGAUGCCAGCUUUCUAAUGCAAACACUGGGUUAGUGGGUCGAUUUGCAAACUUAGGGCUGCGUGACAACUUGACUAUUGAUUGUGCGAGCCGAGGUCCUCAAGUAGUUGCAUUGGCUUGCAAGAUGGUUGGGGGAGGGAGUGAUGGGUCCCUAGACCUCUGUGCCAGGGUCUGCAUCACCGACGAAUAUAAUAAUAUCAUCUUUCAUUCUUAUGUCAAGCCACCGAUUCCAGUCACAAAUUACAGGUAUGAGAUAACGGGAAUUCGAGCUGAAUACCUGAGAGAUGCAAUGUCACUAAGGCAAGUGAAGAAGAAGAUUCAAGAUUUUCUGUGCAACGGAGAGCCAAUGUGGAAAAUUAGACCCAAAGCAGGAAGAGCAAGGAUUUUAGUGGGUCAUGGUUUGGAUCAUGAUCUUGAUCGUCUACAAAUUGAGUAUCCUUCUCUCAUGAUCAGGGAUACUGCAAAAUACCCGCCAUUGAUGAAGACAAGCAAGCUCAGCAACUCACUCAAGUACUUAACUCAAGCAUACCUGGGGUAUGAGAUACAAAAUGGGAUACAAGAGCCAUAUGAAGAAUGUGUUGCAACAAUGAGGCUUUAUAUGAGAAUGAGAAAUCAAUCUCACAAGAAAGAAGAUUACCCUCUUGCUUCUGAUCCUCAAAACCGCAAUAACUUUGCUUCGUGGAGGCAGAAUGAGUUGGAGAGGAUGAUACCAGAAGAGAUGCUGGCUAUUUCAAGGUCCGAUUACUACUGUUGGUGCCUCGAUUGAUCCCACACACACACACACACACAUAUAUAUAUAUAUACAUAUCUAGAAAAUCAGAAGUCAGUAGUAUUUAAUUAUAAUAUAUCUAAGUUGAGCGUCAGUUGUUCGU